CUUAGUCACUUAACAAAGUAAGCUUUGGUGUCCAAGACUACAUCAACGAUAAAGGAAUGAUUCCGAAUCGAUUACUGCUCGGAAUAUCCCGAAACUGAAAUCGAGACUGGUUCAUAAUGGCGGAUAUUGAUAUGUAAACUGUCCGAAAAGAGUACAUACUUGGAUAAAAAUGUAAACUUUGAAUAAGAGGUCAAGCAUUCAGUGAUGGCGACUGGAGGUGGGACGAUUGCAUCACAAAGACCAAAGAAAGACACUAAAAUGGACGACAAAAACGGAUUUAAGAUAACAGGAAAAGGUUAUAGUACAGACAGACCGGCAGACCAGGGUGCUAGUAAUGUGUCAUCACCUCAGUCUUCUUCGAGGCCGUUAUCAGGAACCACAAGCAACCCAGAAGACAUUGGAGAACUGGGCGAGCCAAUAGGUAGUUUCCAGUUACCAACUGAAGCUAUGGAACUUUUACAAAAUGUGAUGCAAGUCAACAAAGAUCUUGAAGAGCAAGUAGUGGCUUUAAGAUUACGAAUAGACGUUGAACAGAAAAACCAAGAGACAGAAAAAAAGAAAGUUGUUCACGAAAAAGACCGAGCUCUUAAAGUAAAAGAUCAUGAAAUCAGUGAAUUGACGGAAUCAAUUUCUGUUAGAGAUUAUAGGAUUAAACAUUUGAAUAAAGAAAAGGAAGAGCAGAGUCAACAUUUACUAGAGAAAAUUGAUGAAAUUACUGAAUUAAAAUCACUUGUUGAACAAACUGAAGAUUACGCGAAAGAUUUAAAUAAAAAGGUAUCAAAGCUUAGGGAAGAAAAAAGACAUCUUGAAUCCGAUACGUUGUACAAAUCUCAGAGUGAUGAAAUAAAGAAACUAAAACAUGAGCUGCAUUCCGUGAAAGACAAACUAAAUUCGAUGCAAAAUGAAUUGACUCGUGCUAGACAUAUAAUAGAACAACAAAACACGAAAAUUAAAAAUCUUGAAUAUGAAAAGGGAGAAAUGAACUCACGGUUUCGAGACGACUUAGAGAAGGCGUCACGUGCAAUGCGUCUAGAAGUAGAACGCAUGCGUGAGGUUAUGAAACAACAAUACGAAGAGAUGAAAAACUUGAGAGCUCAGAAUAACGAAAUUUUUAGUGAUGUACGAGACAUAAAAGACCUCUUGCUUAAUUCUAGGGAAAGUACGACAAAACGCGAGACGUUAGACAUUAAUCGGUUGCCUAUGGCACCAAGAAGUCCGAAGCCUGCAGUUCGUUCUUCUAUGCCUAAUAUGAAAAUAAAUAAAGGUGCUAGUAAAAACUCAAGUAAUUUACCUCCUUUAGAGAGUGAACAAACUGCUGGUUCAAAAUGGAUUCCAGCAGGAGCGAGACGUUCUAUGAAUAUGUCUGCAAAGCUCAGACGACCAGACAAGUGAUGUUUCUUAAUGCGAUUGUGAUUUUAUUGUGCCAAUUCUUGUGUUCAUACAUGAGGAAUCCAUCUUUAUUUAUGUUCCUAACAUAUGAACACAUUAUUGUAUAUUUCCCCGCUUGCAUUGUUUAUCAAAGGUGCAAUUGCCAUUUCAGACUUUCAUUUUUGUACUACUGUACAGUACAUAAACGUAUUUGCAAAACUUCUGUAAUGGUUAGGUGUUGCAUUUACUUAAAAUUCGUGUUCAGUUUCAUUAAAAAUAUAGACAUCUUUCCAUGUAACGGGCGAAUUCACUUAUCUACCACAAUUGCAUAUAAUUUUUAACUUACAUAGACUAGUCGCUUUUUACAUUUAAAUUUGCCUUAAAAAAAUACUCUGCCGGUAAAUUGUGGAAAGAUUUUCAUACUCUCUCGGUACAUAUAUGUGUUAUUUCGAAAGAUUUACGACAAGAAAAACACAGCAUUUAGUGACCAUACACAUUGGUGUGUCAUGCACUUGGUAUAAGGAGAAAACAGAAAUCAGAAAUGAUAUAUUCUUUAAAAACAGAUUGAAUUGAACUGAUUUUUUCAGUCGGUACUGCACCAACAACAUUUAGUAAAAUCAAAAGUUUUAUUCUCGUUUAUCCACUUGUAGAGUUAAUAAUUCAAUGUCUGUGAUAGAAAGUGUGUGAUAUAGAUAAUGCUGUGAUAAUGCUAUUGCUUCAUUUGAGAAUUUUAAUAUAAAUUUAUAAACAUUUUA